AUGAAGCCCCACGUCCCCCUCCUCCUCUACGGCCUAGCCGGCGAGCUCGUCACUGCUGUCCCAACCACGGGGAGCGUGGGGCCAGAUCGCCAUGCUGUCGUCGACGACCCCAUGUUCAUGCGGCCCGUCAACUGGCCCCUUCCGGCGCAAGGUCCGCCGCGGAACUCCAACAUGACGGCGACGACGCUCCUCACGGCUCCGUACAAGAGGAAGCGCUCCGUCGAAACCGUCUACACUGAGCACGAUACGCUCAUCGGCAGGCUGUUCCCCUAUUGGAAGACUGUUGAGGUCUUUCCCUUCACGCAGCCCGAGGACGAGCAGCCCGUUGAUGAGAAGCCCGCCGAGGAGCAGUCCGCUGAUCCGAAGCCUACCGAAAAGAAGCCUGCCGACAAGAAGCCUGCCGAAAAGAAGCCUACCGAAAAAAAGAAGCCCGCUGACAAGAAGAAGCCCGCCAACAAGAAGAAGCCCGCUGACAAGAAACCCGAUGGCAAGAAAGCCGACAGUAACGCUGCCGCAGCCACUACCACCAAGAAGCCCUCUCCCGGUUCCGACCGUGUUACGAAAAACGGGCCGUUCAAGGUCGUCUCCGCCGACAUCAACAACUCCGCCAACAACAACAAGCAAGCCGACAGCAGCUCGGCCGCCGCAGCCGCCACGACGACCAAGAAGAACGACGACUGCACCUCCACCGGCUCCUCCACUACUUUCAAGCAGACCGAGGACCAGGAUGGCGGUGAAAACAACAACAACGGCAACAACAUCAACAGCGGCAGCACCGUCUACGAAAGCAACAUCUCCAACAGCACCGUCGACGACUCGGUCAUCAGCAACAGCACCGUCGUCGACAGCCGCGUCCUCGACAGCACCGUCUCCGACGCCAACCUCGUGCACAGCACCGUCGUCGACGACGUCGUCAUCGACUCCAGCACGCUGGAAGACACGACCGUCGCGGGGCAGUCGGCCGUGACCGAAGGGUCCACGCUGAGCGGCAGCGACGUGCUGGGCGGCAGCGCCGUCGCCGGCGGCAGCACCGUCAUCGACAGCGACAUUCUCGACGGCGCCAGCGUCGUCGACGGCAGCACCGUCAUCGGCGAGAGCCGCGUGGGCGAGGGCAGCGCCGUGGCGGGCGGCAGCAACGUGUUUGACGGGUCCGUCGUCACGCGUGAUCUGGCGAAGAGGAAGAUGCCUUGGAUGCCCGACUCGGCUAAGCUCGCGCUGUGCAUCUUUACCCCCUUCAUCGGCUGCCCGAUGGCGAUAGCGUCCGAGGUGGACAAUCAGGGUAAGAGGUCAAAGAGACAGCUGGUGGACGGCAGUGGCAGUGGCAGCGGCAGUGGCAGCGGCUCCGUCGUCACUCUCACGAAGAGGGUAAAGAACAAUUUUGAAAUGACGGGGAUGGUGAUGGUAUGCACAUUUCUGCCAUUUUUGUGCCCGAUAUACGGCGAUGGAAGGGAAAAGAGACAGCUGGCGGACGGCGGCAGCGGCAGCGAUAGUGGCAGCUCCGCCGUCACCCUCGACAAGAGGGGAAUGAAGCCGAUGCCGGUGAAAGGGAAGAUAGCCCUAUGCGUGCUGUUCGUCCUUCUUUGCCCGUACGCGGUCAUGUCUGGCUCUGACUAUGCUGGCACCGGCUAUGACAAGAGAGAGCUGGCGGACAGCGGCAGCAGCAGCAGCAACGGCCUCGGCAGCAUCAGCAGCAGCAGCGCCAUCGACAUCCCCGCCGUCUACAUGGCCAAGAGGGACAAGCCGCCCAAGAAGCUUUCGAAGCCGGCGAGGGCCGCCGUGUGUUUCUUCUUCCCCUUCAUCUGCCCCGUGGUCUGGCGUCGUGGUCUGGACGAUCCUGCGCCGCAGAUCAGCAACGACAGCAGCAGCAGCAGCAACACCGCCCUCAGCAAGCGGUCGGCCGAGCCGGAGGCGAAAGACGCCCGCUUUCGACAAUGCGGAGCUCCGCUUCCCUGGUGGUGCAGCAACGUGACCAAGCGCAGCAGCAGCACCACCACCACCACCGCCGUUGCGAAUCUCAACAAGCGGAAAUGGACGCCGGCCAGGUUCAUCCUCUGCAGAAUGCUCUUCGUCUUUUGCUUUUUCGACCUCACGAAGCGCGAUCUCGCUCAUGAUGCUCCGGCUCCGGCUCCGGCUCCUCCCGCUCUCACUCCCAACACCGACACCGACACCGACACCACCAGUAUCGUUGCCAUGAAGAAGAAGGAGAAGAGGUCUCCACAGGACGAGGACCUCGAAGCCCACUCCCUCAUAACUCCCAUAGUAGAUCUGUUGGGGCAAGAGUACUCGGAUUACCCGCCCCCAGUAAUGAAGCUCCCUCCCGGCGGCGACCCCGUCAACCCCGACGAGGUCGACAAGAAGAGGAAAAGGAGGAGCUCGGUGGAACUGAACGUCGCCGUCGAUGGCACCACCCUGGCUCACAUUGCCGCCGAGACGGAUGGCGAAAAGGCCCCCCUCCAGAUCGCCAUUGAUUACAUCAUGAGAGUUAUAUUGGGCCAGGUUCCUUCCGACCCUGUGGUGGAGUCGGAGAAGAAGAAGAAGGAUGGUGAUGAUGAUGAUGAUGCAAGGAAGAAGAAGAAGACGAAGAAGAGGGAGGAGGAGGAGUCUAACUGGCGGCCGUCGUCGUACUCACCGCAAGCACCACCACCUGUGGGGGGCACCGAGGUCGCCGUCGAGGGCAGCGGCAGCGGCGGCGGCGACACCAGCGCUGUCGUCGCCAAGAGGCAAUCCUCGUGGAGCAAAGCCAUUAGUAUGAUGGCGGGCGGAACCGUCAUCAUUGAUUGGCUCAAGAAACAUACCCAGGCGCUCCAAGACGAAUCCGACGAAUCCGACGAAUCCGACGAAUUCGACGAAUUCGACGAUGAAAUCGACGACCUCCUCGACAGGAAGAGGUCAGCAGUACCGCCGGAGAGGAGGAGGAGGGACGUCGCCGCCGCCGCCGCCGCCGUCGAGAACCGCAACACCAACACCGACGACCCCCCAGCCCCAAGCCGUGAUGAUGAUGAUGAUGACGGUGAUGAUAGCAAAGUCUCGAAGGUUUCGGAUGCCAUCGGACACCUUAUCGACGGUAUCAACGGAAAGAGGUCGUCGUCGUCGGUGAUGCCAGCGGCGGAGAAGCUCGGAGGAGCAGCCGAAGAGGAGGAGAGCAUGAUGACGACGAAGCGCGCCGCCGACCGGACCACGGAAUUCUACAAACCCCUCCGCGACUUCCCGGGCCAUGGCAACCACCGGGUUAAGGAAUUCUACAUUCCCGCUUACGCCCCGCGCCAUGGCCACUACCGGGCUUCGAAAUUCUCCAUGCCUCCUAACUUCCCGGGCUUGCCGCUGUCGCCCAAGAACUAG